AAUUAAGGGUAAUUACUGCUCUUCCCAGGAAGCAGUAGGAGACAGAAUUCACAAUCAACCCCUCUAUUAAUAGCUGUCAGCAGCUGUGUGGUUCCUGCUGGGACCUAGAGGGAGAGCGGAAAGCUUUGCGGGAGAAGCAGCACACAUGCAUGCAGUGCUUCUCACCCCAUCAGCGCUCCCCAUUCCUUCAAUGCUGACUUUGCAGGGAGCUAUUUUCUCUCUUGUUCCUUUCACCACUUCCUCUAGGAAUGCAGGAGACGUCAACUGCUUUUUAGCAGCGUUUUUCAGCGGGAACCAACAGGAAGAAGGCUUGGAGACAGAGCCUUGAAUCUUGUCUCCACCCCUCAGCAUCUUCAUUUUGUCCAGCCCCCAUCAGUCUGGCAACUUUCUGUGCUUCUCUGAGCUUCCCAUUGAAGCAGCACAAGCUGCUUUGCAAGGAGAAUCCCUAGAAGCAAGGACAAACUUCACCAGCUCCUGCCCAGGCAAAUCCCUUUUGUGCCAGGCACUCACUGAUCAGCAAAUGCCCCUCUCACAGUCUCCAGCCAUACCCCAGGAGUGUGCACGACACAACAAACCAUGCCUGACAGAUUGGGGUGCCCCACUGCAGAAGCCACCCCAUACGGCAUAAAGAACUUGGACAAAAUUGUGUCCUAAACUGCAGUGAAUUCUGACCAUUGUGAUGUGACAUGAGGACAAAAGGGACUGCAGGAGAUGCCCUAGCAUGGCUGGCUGGGAGGAUUCAUGCAUGGAUUUUUUCCCCUUCCACUGCUGUUCCCUCCAGAUGCCACUACAAGCACGCAGCCUGCCUCUUGCUGCAGGCAAGAGCCUUGCCAGAUGCAUUGUGCAGUCCCCGAGGAGGCAGCUGGUGCUCUUGUCAUCCCAUCAGGGAGAAACCCAGCAGCCCAUUAGAGUCCAGGAAAGCUGCUGUGCUGCAGGAAAGAAAGCACCUGGGCAGCUCAGUCACCUCCUCUGCUCAUGCACACAAGCACACACACCUGCCCCUUGGAAAUGGCAGCAGUCCCUGCCCAGUGACACUGCCACAGGGCUGCUGCCAACACUGCAGGGCUGUCAGCAGUCCUUAUGCUGUGUGCUGCUGGGAGAGGACUCUCCAUGGGCUCCUGUGCCCUCUCACAAAGCCUGAGAUUUUGGUGCUGCAGAGAUCAUGCUCAGUUAUGAGUUUAGGUCUGUGGCAGAUCGAGCAAGGAUUUUCCCUACUCUCCUUAGAGUGAUGUGGUGCUGCAUUCGCCCUUCAAAGCUCAACUACCUGCAAGUGCAAAGACACACACAAAUCAGAGUAGGAGAAGCCAGGCAGGAUAACAUAUUUCUAGUCUCAUGCCUGGGACACCAAAUAGGUUGUCACCAUCCAGCCAUCAGCCUCAACAGCAUCCCAGCCUCAGAUGCCCUGUGUGAGACGUGUUCCCCCCAUCAGUGCACAGGCUCCACUCCUAGUUAGUUGUUGUAGUAUUAGUUUCUAACAGAGUUAUGCUGUUCUCUAGCUCAUUUGAGGAGCAACAGUGCCUAAGACUGCACACCCUGAUGGAACGCAUGCAUGAAAAUAAACAGAGGAAGAGUUAAUGCAGCCAUUUUGAAGUUGCUGCUCCUUGUUUUCAGUGAUUCAAGAUCCAGUUGCAUCCCAUUCCACAGCUGACUGCAGUAUGUGAGCCAUACCAUCUCUGGGAUCCCAUGGCUCUGGGCAGGCAAAGCCAGACCCCACUUCAAAGCAUAGCAUCUGCAUCUCGUUACCAUGAGGUGGGCUGAAGGCUUUGCCACCGCAGGCUGCUUGAAUGCUCUGCUCAGUGCAAGAGAGAACAUUUAUGGCUAAGUAUUGCCCCCAGUCUUACUUUUUCAAGCUCUAGAAAGCCCCAAAGAUGUUUAAAUGCCAGCCUGGCCCAUAGGCUGCCUCACAUGUCCCCAGAUCUGGAGCUCAGCAGUGUCAUCCGCCUACAGAAGAAAGCACAUUGCUGCUGAGGUCCUGCUUCACACCACCAAAAGUCACGCAGCACGCCUCAGGAUCUUGAUGCUUUUUUAGGUCUAAAUGCCUGUUGUUUCGCUGUGAAGUCUUCAGGGUAAUCUCAGGUCACAUUCAUCACAUCCUCACAACCAGGAGGUGUAUUUUGAAUGAAAGGCAGCGCAGCUUCCCAAGAACGCCAGCUAUCUCGAGACUAGCGAGAGUAUCAUGAGAGCUGGCACCAGCGUUGUGCGCACUCCCACGGGGCACGCAGUGGCUGAGAUAGUGCUGUACCCACUGCCGAGCCCGUCGGCGCUACGAAAGUCACAUUUCAGCUGGAAAAUCUGUGGGCAAACACCGAAACGCUUCGAUCUGAGAAAGGGGAAAAAUGCGACGCGCGCUUUCAUCCCUUUGUCGACCCCGUAUAUUGUGUGCAAUCCCUGCAUGUGCUGCCGACGAUGCUGUUCCCUAAGCCCUGCCUGCUCCCCGUCGGUGCCCAAGGCGCUGUUGCCGGGCUGGGGCCGCGGCCAGCCCUGCAGCCACCGCGUCCCCGGAUACCGGCGGCAGCCCCGGCAACGGCCGCGUCCCCGACGGUGAGGGGCGGCGGGUACGGGGCCGGGGGCGGCGGGGAGACGGGAGGUCGGGGAGAGAGAAGGGGAGGUGGGCUGAGUUUCUGACGGGCAGUGGGUGGGGGCAGCCCGCUGCUUUCCUUACCAUCCUGUGAGGCUUCCCCCCACCUCCCCUCCCCGGUUCCUAAAGAGAUUUCCUGCUCCUGAGGCCCCUCCCGGCAGCGACCCUCAUCUCUGCUGGUGUCACCCAGGACAGUGUUGUGGCCCUCGGCGCUGGCUGGGUGGUAGUGGCCACAGGAGCCCUAUUCCCGAAUGUCUGCCUGGCCUCAUUCUUCCUGAUAUCCAGUUACAGAUAAAUUCCAUUAUAUUUGGAGCUAAGUAGAUUCCUCGUCUGACAUGCAUUUUUUCCCUUUACUUAAGGCCCAUUGCGGAGACUCUUUAGGAGCUGCAAUAUGCUGUCCUAAUGGAUCCUUAGCAUCAGCCCUUUUGUGCGAGUGCCAGAGAGCUCUGCAAGGCAGUGCUGCUGGCUGUGGGACUGCUGGCCUGUGCCUCCUCUCACCUGCACAGGGUGAGCACAGCACAGAGGCAGGGAGAGCUGCCAGCACAUCCAGGGUGCUGCAGCCAUGUUCUGAGAGCUUCAUCCAGCUUUGAACUGCGGUGUCCAUUCCCAGAGCAAAGCAGGUGCGACUGAAAGGCUGCUCAGCUGUUUAAAUAUGUGCUCACCAUCUUCCAACCCUUUUCUGACCACAGAAAAGCCAUCAGAAGCCCCAUUUAUCUGUGACUGGCCUGGGGGACAGAGUGACACAGAUGCUUUUUGAAUAGGAUGAAGGGCUGAGCAAGGAGAAAGCAUUUUCCAGUCACCUCACCUCUGUCAGUGCCACCUCACUGCCAUCCGACCGUGCUAUGCCCUUCUGCAAAAGCCCAGCAAGCACCAGGAGCUCAGUUUUCAACAGGGUUGUGCAGUCGGUUCUCUCCUCUUUCCUCUCAACAGCAGAGGCAGCAAGCUAGCAAAGCCCACUACAAAGCUGUUAGGGAAAGGGAUCAUGAUGGCUGAGGCAGCACAAGCUGGACAGCAGAGAAGGGACCGAAGGGCUGUAGGGCUGAGGAAUGCUGUGGGACACGAUGCUAAGGGGCUGUUGGCUUCUAUAUAUGACAUGAUCUUUUUGACUUUGCCCUUUGCCCUGAGCCAUCCUCUUGGUCUUAUAUGAAGCUGCCCUCUCUUCUGACACUGCCAGCCCACAUUCUGCCUGAUGCUGCUUUUAGGUGCCUCUAAUCCAUACGGCCCAGUAAAGGUCAGCAUGGCUCUGCACACCCUGACAGAGGAUCAACAAGCCUGGGUAUUCAAGAGGCAGACUCAUUGCUUGUACCCAUCAGAGCUUCCAGACAAUCACUGCACACGUGGAUGAUGCACACAGCUGAGGUUACAGCUCCUGAGAUUAGGGUGGGAAGCAGCAAAUGGGAAAGUUUAAUCUGGGAAAGCUCUGCAUGGCUAAUAGGACCGAGCAUCCUGCCUUCUGCUCCAGGCUGGUUCUUUUAGCUCUUAUCUGCUGAUGUUCAGGGUGGGUCUGGACAGGUCUGAACCGUCUCAUCUGUUAAUGGAUGCUUGGAAGGAGUUCAGCAGGAGAGUAAUUGAGCAAAGUAUUAAAAAGUGCAUGCACUUAUAGUAAGCAUCUGUCUGUAAAUACAGGCAAACUGGAUCAGACCAGAAGAUGAUCUGGCCCAGUAUCCCCUUCUAGCAGUGACUAUAAGCAGGUGGAAAACACAAGUAUGUGUUCCUUUCUUCCAGUACUCUCCCCACCUACAACCAUCUUCAACUCAGACUGAGCCAGGUGUGGCUUCUGAGCAUUGACUCAUUCACAAGGGGUUUCUUUUCCUUGCAUUUAUCCUGCAGCCUCCACAGAUUGUCAGCACCUGCAAUAUCCUGCGGCAAGGCAUUCCCCAGUGAAGAACCCCCUUUUUCUUUUGUUUUAAACCCAUCCUGACAGCUUUGCCUAUUUCUUUUCUGGAACAGACAGCAAACAAUCAAUUCUUGUCCAUCCUCUUCAACAACAUUUGAAUUAAUGCCACCUUAUUACCUGUUCAUUCCAUGCAGUAUCUAAAGACCUCUUUGUGCAAGGUACUGCAUAAAGAUAAGCUGUUUUGUUGUGGUGCUCCAGGUGCAAGCAAAGAAGCAGAAGGGCUGGCUGAAACUGUAUGAUGAAAUAGCACAAGCAGAGCACUCUUAUGGCCGGCCUCCAUCUAAGGUUGCCUUUUUCUUAAUCAGGCAGCCUGGCUGGAAAGCACAGUGGUGUUUUCCUGAUCCCGAGCCAUUUUCCUCGUGCUUCUGCUGAAGGAGAAGCGGGCCCUGAGCAGGAUGCAGCAGGCAGCAGGUGGCAGGGGCAGAGCCAUCCCCUCUCUGCGUCCCUCCCAAAGCAGGCUCAUGGCUGACUCGUACUGCAUGCACCGCAUCAUCGAGGAUCCCGAGUGGUGCCUCAUCACUGUCCCCCCACUCACAGAGCUCUGCCUGCAGCACAUCGUCCAGAAUUUCACAAACAACCCUGUUUUAGAUCGUCUUCCACCUGAGGACCAAAGGAAGGUGCUGGCCAGGCUUCCCACAGGCCUUCCACUCACUGUCACUGCCAACCUUAUAAGUGAUGAGGGCUACUGGAAGAGGUGCUGCACCGACCGCUGGCAAGUGUGUGACGUCUCCAACCACGGAGGCAGCUGGAAGCGGAUGUUCUUUGAACGUCACCUGGAAAACAUGCUGAAAUGCUUUGUCCCCAACACCACAGACCCUGACCAGGUCCUGCAGCUCAUCCCGCUCUGCAGAGACUAUGUGCAGAAACUGGAGGUUGAUCAGUUCCUGCCACCGGUGAAGGAGGAUCAAAAGGAAGAGACAGAUGACCUUUCUGAUUCAGGGAGUGAUUUGGGGUUUGGUGAGGUCUGCAUUCAUCACUAUGACCUGGGAGCCCUCGUUCCUGCUCUCCCUCUCCUUGAAGAGCUUAAUCUUACUUACGGAGUGAAGGAUUGUGGCAUGAACUUUGAGUGGAACCUCUUUAAGUUCACCUACCAGGACUGCUGCAACCUGGCUGCUGCCGUGAAGAUGUGUCACAACUUGAAGAUUUUCAAGCUGACACGCAGCAACGUGGAUGAUGACAAGACCAGGCUGCUGGUCCGCAACUUGCUGGAUCACCCCUCCUUGGUGGAGCUGGACUUAUCCCACAACCUCAUCAGAGACAAGGGGGCACGAGCUGUCAGCAAGCUGAUCAACUGCAGCAAGUUAGAAAUCCUCCAUCUGUGUAACAACCAGAUCUGUAAUGAGGGUGCCCAGGCUCUGGCCCAAGCGCUGGCAAAGAACUGCACCCUGACCUCCCUGAAUCUGCGCCUCAACCACGUGGAGGACGAGGGUGGGGAGGCUGUGGGCUGUGCUCUGCUGACCAACACCACCCUGAAGUCCCUCCACCUGGGAGGCAACAGGCUGGCAGAGCCGACAGCCGUGGUUUUCUCCCAGGUCCUCACUCACAACUCCACCCUGACAUGUAUCAACUUCUCGUGCAACCCCAUCGGGCCGGAUGGUGGGAAGCAGCUGCUGGAAGGGCUCAGGUGUAACCAGACCCUGACUGAGUUUGAUCUCCGCCUGGCAGAGGUGGGCGAGGAUAGCGAGUACCUCAUCAGCCAAAUGCUGUGGGCCAACAGGGAUGCUGCCCGCCUGCAGCCUGUGCUGCAGCAGCCUGCUGAGCCUCUCUGACUGGACAGCUGCAGCAAGCAAGGAACUGAAGGUAUUACUGACUGCUCACAUCGUGUCUGGGAUAACCAACCUACCCCUGCAUGCGUGGUAGCAGGAGGCUUCCAGCACCCCUUCCAGCAACACAAGGGCUUGGGUCUCUCCCAGCUCUGAGCGACCCCACACCCACAGACCCACUGCUGACAGCCGCUUCCAUG